AUACUCACUGCAUGCAUGGUAGUUUCUACAUAUAUAUGUUGCACUCAAUUUCAGUGGGUUUGUGUCACUUUUUCGUUUAAAAUAUAUAUUACACAUAAAUAUCGAUUUCCUGUGAAACUGCAGGCUCAUGGAAACUCAUUUGCCAAGAAACUGUUUUUGCUUUUUGGUGCAUCGCAUUCAUCAGAGAAUCAAGAUAGGUCAAACAGAUCAAAUCAAGAAGGGCCAACUCAAAGAGCUUCAGCUUUAGCUGCACUGAACUCUGCCUUUAAUCCAUUUAGUGCAACCAAACCUGCAGCUUCAGCUUCCAGGCCACUGGGUGCAAGCCAAGGAUCACAGAGAGCAGCUGCUGUAGCUGCUCUUUCAAAUGUUCUAACUGCUGAACAGAAGAAGAAGCUCUCCUCUGAUGCAUCUGCUGCUCAAGGCGCUAGAAGCCCCCCAACAAACACAAUUUCUGCUGAGGUGAAAAGUGUAGAUGAUAAUUCUGAGGUCGACGCUCAAGAAGAAUCUCCAGUGAAGGAAACAGAAGAGGGAAGAACAUCAUCUGUGUCAGAAAGCAAUGGAGAGGAGUCAGAGGUGAAGCAAAAGAUACAGCAGGAGGCACCACAGGAUGAAAAUGGUAGUGCGACAUACAGUUAUGAUCAAGUGAACACCAAAUCCACCAACCCUGUUAGUGGAAUUGAUUUUAAGAAGAGAGAGUCCUAUCUGUCUGACGAGGAGUUCGAGACUGUAUUGGAGAUGACGAAAGAAGCAUUCUACAGGCAGCCAAAGUGGAAGCAGAACAUGCUGAAGAAGAAAGUCUUUCUCUUCUGAGUCUUACCGAGUGACUGCACAACAUUUUGUUUUCCUUACAACUCUUUUUGUUUUCUCCAUUUCCAUAACUUGUUAUUUGGUGUCCAUUAUCUGUCCUAGAAAUGUGAUUAUAUUAGUACAGUGUUUGUAAGUUGUUAUAUCUAGAAGUUGCUACUUCUGGUCAUGAAGAUAGCUACUGAUAGUAUUGUAUCUGCUCUUUUGCUGCCUGCCUGAGGAAUGUAUUUUUUUUUUUUCCGGGAGCUGCUGAUAUCCCUGUGAUAAGCAGGUAUUGUAGUUUUAGGACAGCAACAAGCAGACAAUAUUCUUUCAUUUGUACACAAGGGUUUUAGUAUUUGAUGUGCUCUGAUUUCA